AUGUCUAUAUCAUCUCACUUGACAUCUCCUUCACAAUCACAUCCUUCUAAUAAUUCUACACAAAAUAGCCAUAAUAACCAUAGCAAUCCUCAUUCUCGUAACAAUUCGUUCUUGAAUUUGAAUACUUCAAACACUUCUGAUGAUUCUUCAAACUCUUUCAUAUCUAGAAUUGAUUCCAAAGCUAGAUAUUUGCAAGUAAUCAAUUGUCCAAAUAACAAUUAUGCGUUAACAAACGUAGUUACAGUCAAUAAUAUAGAUUUCCCUGAUAAUGUCUAUAUUAUUAUCGACAAUACCUAUGUCUUUACUACAAAGACCACAAAUGAAGUACCACCAGGAUCAAUUGGUUUUAAUGGUAAUCAAAGAACUUGGGGGAAAUGGAAUUUGAAUCAACCAAUAGAAUGCAAAAUAUUUGAUAUGUUGAAAUAUACAAAUAAGCAGAACUAUAUUGGGUUGAUUAAUAUCGAUAUUAAUUUUAGAACUAAAUCAAAAGCUGUUCCACAAGAAUUUGACCCAGAAGAAUUAUCUUACCAUUUUAAAAAAUUAUUUCACUCCCAAAUCCUACAGCCAACACAGUAUUUAAUAUUUGAUUUUAACAAUUUCAUUUUUGAUUUAAAAAUCGAAAGUAUUCAGCCCAUUGAUAUUUCUGAUGUUGAAAUUAUUCAACCAAUUUCCAGAAGUAUUCAAACAAAAGGAAUACUGACAAACCAAUCAGAAAUAAAUUUCAUUCAAGGUAGGGAUGGAUUGGUAAAUUUGAAAAGAUCAAAUUCUAUUUCUUCUGUCUUUAAAACGCCAACGACACCAACUCAAAAUAAUAAUUCAGGUGGAUCGAAUUACACUCAUAUUUUAAACCAUCAUCACAGUAAUAGUUUUAGUAGUAUUACUUCCAAUAACUCCAAACAUUCUCCUAGUAGUCUGUUACAUCAACAGCCACAUCAGUCUCAGCAUCCUUCAUCACCACGAUCAGGUAAGCAAGAUGCGAUUUUAAGGCCAGACUUUAAAUUUGAAGAUUUAGGGGUUGGUGGGUUAGAUAAAGAAUUCACAAAGAUCUUUAGAAGAGCUUUUGCUUCAAGAAUUUUUCCCCAAGAAAUUAUUGAAAAAUUAGGUAUUAAGCAUGUAAAAGGUCUUUUGCUUUAUGGCCCACCAGGGACUGGUAAGACUUUAAUUGCUCGUAAAAUUGGUACUAUGCUAAAUGCUAAAGAACCCAAGAUUGUUAAUGGUCCUGAAAUUUUAAGUAAAUAUGUUGGAUCAUCAGAAGAGAAUAUUAGAAAUUUAUUUAAAGACGCCGAAGAAGAAUAUAGGGCUAAAGGUGAUAAUUCUUCCUUACAUAUUAUUAUUUUCGAUGAAUUAGAUUCCAUCUUUAAACAAAGAGGCUCAAGAGGUGAUGGAACUGGUGUUGGUGAUAAUGUGGUAAAUCAAUUACUAGCUAAAAUGGAUGGUGUUGAUCAAUUGAAUAAUAUUUUAGUCAUUGGUAUGACAAAUCGUAAAGAUUUAAUCGAUGGUGCACUUUUAAGACCCGGUAGAUUUGAAGUUCAAGUGGAAAUUCAUUUACCUGAUGUAAAUGGUAGAGUAGAAAUUUUUGAAAUUCAAACUAAAAAAAUGAGAGAAAACAAUUUAAUGGAAAAAGAUGUUAAUUUUAGAGAAUUAUCUGAAUUAACAAAUAAUUUUUCUGGUGCUGAAAUUGAAGGUCUUGUUAAAAGUGCAAGUUCAUUUGCCAUUAAUAAAACAAUAAAAAUCGGUAAGGGUGCAAAGAUAAAUAAUAAUAAUUUAAACAAGGAAAUUUCUAAAUUUAAAGUUGGUAGAUCCGAUUUCUUGAACGCAUUAACUGAAGUUAAGCCUGCUUUUGGUAUUAAUGAAGAGGAAUUAAAUCAAUGCUGUGAUGGUGGUAUAUUGAAUUUUUCAGAAAAUAUUGGUUAUAUCAUUAAAAAUGGUGAUCGUUAUGUUAGACAAAUUCGUGAAAGCUCAAAGACAAGACUAAUUUCUAUAUUAUUACAUGGUCCAUCCGGGUCAGGUAAAACUGCCAUGGCUGCAAGAAUAGCCAUGAAUUCUAAAUUUCCAUUUGUUCGAUUGAUAUCUUCUAAUGAAUUAAUUGGAAUGGGUGAAAAUAGUAAAAUUCAAUAUAUUGAUAAUAUCUUUAGAGACUCUUAUAAAUCACCUUUAAGCAUUAUUAUUGUUGAUUCUAUCGAAACUAUGGUAGAUUGGGUACCAAUAGGCCCCAGAUUUUCAAAUAAUCUUUUACAAAUGUUUAAAGUAUUAUUAAAGAAAAAACCAAUUAUGCAUGGUAAUAAUAGUAAUGAAAUUAAUAACAAGUUAUUAAUUAUUACAACAACUUCCAAAUAUACUGUUUUAAAAGAAAUGGAUCUUUUGAAUUGUUUUGAUAAUGAAAUUAGUGUUCCAAAUGUUAAAUCCUUUGAUGAAUUUAAUAAUAUCAUGGCUUUAACUAAUUUCUUGAAUGAUGAAAAAAGAGUGGAAAUUAUUAAUGAAUUAGUAACCAUAAUGCCUCAUCAACAAUUAAAUUGUGGCAUAAAAAAGAUACUAACAAAUAUUGAAACAGCAAUACAUGACGAAGAUCCUGAAAGUGAGUUAAUAGAUUUAAUGGCUAAUUCAUAA